AUGGGACGACGCGCGCGUUUCCCGUGCGUCCUCAACGAGGUGUCCUUGGAGGGACCGUCAGGCGCGUCGCGAUGCGACCUCAAGACGCUGUGGAACCUCCUCGCGAAGGAAUGGGGCGACGGGGAUUCGCUGUCGGAGACGUUCAAGCGCGGGCUGUGGACGCGGAUCGUCGACCACGCGACGCACGAGGAGCUUCGCAUCCUUCGCGGUCCCGUCGCGGCCGACGCGCGAGGGGCCGCGAAGGCGACCGUGGACGAGGAGGAAGUCGCCGAGCGCGAGAUGCUCGAGAAGCUCGCGAUGAAGCCGACGGACGCGGCGUUGAAGACGCACGUCACCGCGACGCAGAAGAACGUCCACCUGAUCGCCCCGCUGCGCGUGCGCGACCUCUCGCUCGGGCUCCACGACGAGCCGACGUGGUCGAUGCGCGUCACCGUCGAUCAGAGGAAGAUCUUAGAAGCCGUCGCGAGAUCGCGCGCGACGGGGGUGCUCGCGUCGGAGCUGCCGUCUCUGUUCCCGAAGGGCUCGGCCGCGGCGAAACCGCAGGCGUGCCACCAUCUCGUGAAGGUGUUGGAGUUCCUCGGGCUCUUGACGUCGCGCGAGAUUAUGCGGGUGACGGAGACGAAGAAGACCACGGUGAAGAAGUCUCAGGCGUGCGUGAACAAGACGACCGUGUUGGUGUUGUCGUGGAUCGCUCGCGAGACGGGGGGCGAUUUCGGGAACGACCCGGACCUGGACGAGAUCGCCCACGUCGGGCCGAAAGAGCGCGAGGCGCUGACGCGAACGUUCGUGGAAAUGCUGCGCGCGGCGAAGGAUAACGUCCUCAUGGAAGCGGAGUUCAGAGCGGAGGUGUACAAACGCUUGCGAAAGGAGGAGUGGGAGAAGGGCGACGACGUCGGCGAAGGCGGCCUCACCGGCCGGCGCACGGGGCGCCUGUACCUCAAAAUCCGCGCGGAGAUGAUCGCCAAAGGCAUCGUGGAGCGGAUGCAGUGCGCGAUCGAGGGGAGCGACGGCGGCGCCGGUGCGAUCGCGGAGUGCCUCCGGUUGCUUCCGGAGCCGCUCGCAAUCGCGGACGGCGGCGCCGCCGCGGUCGCGGGCGAGGACGCGAGCGCCGGGGACGUCGUCGACGACGACAGCCUCAUCGGCUUCGGCGGCGGCGAGCUCUUCCUCGAGAUGCGCAUGGAGGACCAGAUCUUCGAACUCUUGAAGCGCGCUGGGGAGACGGGCAUCAAACUCUCGGAGCUGGGUAAUCGUUUUCGGAUGACGAACAAAAACAUCGCGAAGAGGGUCGAACUCAUGCUCGUCGACUCGAGCCAGUACCCCGGGAUGACGCGUCGCGCCGUGCAGGAGGGGAAAUACCGUCUGAUCGUUCUGGCGUACGACGAGAAGCUCGCGGCGGAGAUCGCCGAGAGAAACGCCGCGAUCGCGGCGGGCGGGGAGAAAGCGAAAGCCGCGAAGAGAGCGCAGGGCGCGGCGGCGGCGGCGGAGAAUAAAAAAAAGCAAAAAUCCGCCGCGGAGGCGCUCAAGGACGCGCGCGCGGCCACGAUCAAAGCCCACCUCGGCGAGCGCGGGUACCUCAUCAAGGCGUACAUCGGCCGCUGGCUCGCGCAAAAAGAGGGCGGGAAGAUCGACCGCGUCGACGGAAAGGUGGUGAAUCGCGUCCUCGAGCACAUGACCGCGAAGGGGAUGGCGAAGACGCACGCUUUCACCGUCGGCACGCACGGACACUUGGACGCGGGCGAGAAGGCGCACGUGUUGGUGUACGACACGAAUUUCCCCGACCCGACGCCGGAGAUGCUGGACAACGUGAGGCAGGAGAUUCGGCAGACCGACCUCGCGAUGCGGCUGCCGUUCUGGCAGGAGAAGAAGGACGUGUACGACGUCUGGCCGCCGCCGAAGCCGCCGAAGCGGGCGGGGGGAGACGUCGCGAAGCCCGGGGGGGGCAGACGGCGCGGCGGCGGGAUCCUGGUCCAGAAGAUAAAAGAAGAGGAGGAGAAAGCGACGAAGACGACGCCGCCCGGGGGAACCCCAGCCGCGGAAGGGGCGCCGACGAACGAGAACGACGCGCUCGCGCUCGCGGUGGUCCCGGCGGAUGGACUCGCGACGGACGCCGCCGCCGAUGCCGCCGCCGCCGCCGCGACGACACCGGCGAUCACCGUGCGCGUGAAGACCGCCGGGCUCGUUCCGAGGAUGAGGACCGCGGACCUGGAGAACGUGUUGAGGCCGCGAGGGUUCGGAAGCGCGGAGGGGGAGGACGGAGGAAACGCCGGGGGCGCGAACGCGUCGCGCCGCGUUGCGAAAAAACCGUUCAAAACGUUCAGGGACAUCGCCGUGCUUCAGAGCGGGUUCAUCCCCGCGAUCAUGACGCGCGCGCGGUACAUGCACGGCUUUCUCGUGAAGACGAUAUUCACGCGGAAAGUCAACCUCGAGUGCGCGGAGGAGGAGGACGCGUCGUCGUCGACGACGCAGUCGGCGGGGUUCAACGCGGGCGAGGUCGUCAUGAAACACAUGCCGCUCGAGCUGUUCCUUCGCAUCGCGGGCUGCCCUUGGCACCUCCAGAAUGAAAACUCGCGCGUCCUCGCGAAGCUCCAGUCGCUCGCGAUCGCGGGGAAGACGUUGGGGGAUCUGGACGACGAAGCGUCGAGGGCGGUGAUUGGAGACGCGAACGGCGAUCGCAAGCACAUGCGCUCCGUGUUUAAAGACGCGGAGGCCAAACUGUCGAAACUGAUUCGACUCCUGUGCGCGAUGGAGCUCGUCGUGCGCACGAGCGAGACCGGCGGGAACAUGCGAUCGCACAAACUCGCUCGCGUCGGACGCUUUCAGCCGUCGCCGUCGGCGACGGACCGGAGCGCGUGGAUCUCGAUGAACGUGGACGAUCCGGAGGCGUGCGAAGCGUUUUGGUCGAGGCUCGAGGCGACGUUUAAACGGAAGCACCAGCCGCUCGUGCGCGCGGACGAGUGCAUGAUUUGUGCGUUUCCCGCGUCCUCGACGAUUAACAUCCUGAGCUCGUCCACGCACGGGUUGUGCUCGACGAAGACGUGGAGCCGCGUCCGCGACAUGACGAUUCAGCAGAGAAUCGUGUUGCUGCAACGGUUGGACGACUUGAGGAUGGAGACGCGCGAGAUUCGACGGCUCACCGCGGAGGCGCGGGGAGACGUCGUCGCCGAGGACAUAGAGACGCUCGAGAUCGCGGAGGCGACCGCGGCGGCGAAAGACGCGACGCCCACCGAGGACGACGCCGAGGAGGUGGAGCUUCGUAAGGCGGCCAGAGCCGCGGCGCUGGCGCAACCGAUCUUGACGUUUCCGCAAGUCUCGAAACUCGCGCGCGAGCUCGACUUGUCCGUCGAACAGAUUCGACAGUUCCACGAGGCAGACUGCAAGCGGAUCUUGAACGACCUCACCGUGGACGGGACGAUCUCGGAGAAGGAAGCGCUCGAGGCGAACGCGAAUCGCCGCGCGGAGCGGAUCGCGAAGGACAAGCUGGAGAGAGAAGGAGGGCGCGACAACGACGACAGCCGGCGUCGCGGGCUCGGGGUGGUCCGGAACCGGAAGAACGUCACGGGUCGGCUGCGCGCCGUCGGCGGCGGCGGCGCGUCGAAGCGCGUGAAACGCGCCGACGCCGCGGCUUCUUCGGACGUCGUCGACGUCGACGGCGUCCCCACGGAUAGACACAAGUGGGCGGCGGAUCGACGAGCGCUCAUCGCCGCGCGCGCGUCGAAAGAGAAUCCCGCGGCGGCGGCGUACAGACGCCGCCGCGGAGGCGCCGCCGCCGCCGCCGCCGCCGUCGACGACGACGGCGAUAAAGACGACCCGGACUUCACGGUCGACGACGACGACGACGACGACGACGACGACGACGUAAAAGAAGUAGAAGAGGAGGAGGAAGAAGAAGAAGACGACGACGACGACGACGUCGCCCUCGCGGACGUCGGGCGCCGCAAGCGUCGCGUCAACUUCGCGUUUCCGCCGUACCGGACGAGGCACACGUGGACGGCGCGCGACGACCGAGAGCUUCUGCUCGCGCUCGUGCGAACGCGGAUCGUGUACGGCGAGCGCGGCACGAGAAGGCUCGUCGGCGCCGCGGUCGAAGUCGGCGAGCGACUCCCCGCGGCGCGCGAGACGUGCUCGCGCCGGUGGAAGGCCAUGGACGCGGGCGAGCGAUCGGAGGAGAUCGCGAGCGUCGUGCGUCGCGUCGCCGCGAGAGGCGCGGCGGCGCGAAACCAACGCGCCGCGGAGGCGAUGUUGCGUAAAAAGAUCGAGGGCGCGGGUCCCGCCGCGGGUCCCGCCGCGGGUCCCGCCGCGGCCGCCCCCGAAGCCGCCGACGGCGGCGGCGCGGAGGGCGCGUGCUCGAACGCCGCCUCGAACUUGUGGGACCGCGAAGGGAAGUGGUGCGCGCAGAUCGACGCCGAGGUGGUCGCGGAGGUGGCGCGCGUGCUCGAGCGGCACCCGAUGUCGACACGGGAAGCGGCGGACGUCCGGGGUUCGGGUCCCGGUCCCGGUUCGGGUUCGGGUGCCGGUCCCGGUCCCGGUGCCGGUGCCGGUUCGGGUUCGGGUCCCGGUCCGGGUUUGGGUGCGGGGGGCAAAAAACGGCGACGCGACGCGAGGAGGGCGAUCGGUUCCGACGACUCCGACGGCGAUCUCGGAGACUCCGACGGCGGCGCGAGGCGCGCGGUCGCGCGGGCGAAGAAGCAGAAGCAGAAGCGCGGCGGGAUGCUCAACGAGUCCGACGACGACGUCCCGCUCGCGGCGAUCGUCGCGCGGGGCGCCGCCGCGUCCACGUCGGACGAUGACACGUCAGCAGAAACGUCGGACGUGUCGGACGAUGACACGUCAGACGACGGCGACGGCGGCGACGACUCCAACUCCGACUCCGACGUCGGCGGCGGCGCGUCCUUCGAGCGCUUCGCGCCGCGCUCCCCCGCGGCGGCGGCGACGAGGGCGGUUCGUCGAGACCCGGAGUUUAUGACCCGCUGCGCGAACGCGCUCGAGCUCGUGAAAUCCACGCUUCUGUCCGCGCCUCCCGGGGUCGCGCUCGACCGCGACGUGAAAGCGCGCGUCGCGAAAACGAUCGCCGCGAUCGGCGAAGACGCGGUCGAGCACGCGGUGACGAUGUUACGACGCGCGAAGCUGUUGGCGAGCGUCAAGCCGGAGCCAGACGGAGAGGACGCGACGACGACCGCGGCGGUUGACGCGGGGGGGGAAGACGGAACGUCAACCGACGCGGCGUUCGGGACCUUGAAGCUGUCCGAACGGUUCGCGCGAGCUGCGGACGACGAAGACGCCGUCCUCGGCGCGCGCGGCUGCGCGGACGCGGCGAAGGUGGCCGCCGCGUUGUCGGAGCGGUUCGGAGCCGGCGCCGGCGACCUUCGCGGAGAGGCCGCGAGGGUCGUCGCGCCGAGCUCCGCGCACGUGUUCGCGAUCCUCGCGGGCGUCGUCGCGGGCGUCGUCGAGCUCGACGCGGUGACCCCCGCGGCGUUCGAGGCGUUAUCGGAGCACUUCGGACGCGUUCCCUCACGCGACGACGACGACGACGACGACGAAGACGACGACGCGGCGGCGAACGAUCGAACCGCGCCGGGCGACCUUCCGAACGCGGCGGUGAACCUGCGCGUCGCGAUCAAAGGCGUCACCUCGCGCGAGCCGUCGUCCGCGUCCGCGUCGUCGGGGUGGACGCCGUACGCGAGCUUCGGGCACGCGCCCGGGUCCGCGCCGCCGAUCGAAGUCGGAGGGCGCGCGUACGCGACGCGCGCGCCGACGCGCGACGAGGCGACGGCGGCGGUGACGGCGGCGGGCGCGGGCGGCGUCUCCGUGCGCGUGCUCGCCGCCGCGCUCACGUCCUCGGCCGCCGACCUCUCGACCGCCGAAACCGGCGGCGUCGUGGUCCCGGUCGACGCGUGCGAGGAGGUUUUGACGCGGCUCGCGAACGACGCGACGUGCGAUUGCGUCGCGGUGAACGCGUUCCACGGCGCGAGGUUCACGACGAUCGAGCACGCGAAGUUUGCGCGCGCCGACGCCGACGCCGACGCCGACGCCGACGCCGACGCCGACGCCGACGCCGCGGGCGCGGGCGCGGCGAAGGCGAAGGCGAAGGCGAAGGCGCCGCAGAUCCGCCCGUGGGUGACCCCGAGCGGGGCGACGAACGACGCGUUCCUCGCCGGUCUGAAACGCCGCGCGCUCGCGGAGGUGAUCCGGUUCCCCGGGAUACCGAUCGCCAGCCUCGCGAAGCGUCUGACGCCCGCGUUGACGCCGCGGUGCGCGACGGAAGUUGUCGACGCGAUGAUCGACGCGGGGGAGCUUCACGCGAGGGAGACGCGGAGAGAGCCCGGGAGCGACGGGCCGCCGCUGCAUUUGCUGAGCGACGAGGAGCGCGCGAGCGUGGUGAGGGACGCGGCGAUGGCGGCGCCGACGCGGCACUGCUUCGCGCCGAUCGAUCCGGCGAGGUGGCCGAAGUAA